AUGCAUCUCUUACUAGAAGUCCAACCUCUUACCCGUAAGGGCCAAGGACAAUUCAAACAAGCAGAAGCAGUACCAGAUUCAACAUCAGAGUUUAACCAAGGGGGAAGGUUUCCAAAGUAUUCUUCAAGGAAUGCUCGGGUGAAAACUUCAACGCCUGAAGGUAAUGAACCUGUGUUUACUCCAGGUUCAGACCACCACGAAAAUUUCAAACUUACAGAUUCACUUGAAAAGUGGCAUGGCUUCAAGAGCUCAGAAAAUGAAAAGGUACAGAGAUUGUCUCAAAAUAUAGUUGAAGAUGAUGAUGAAGAUGAGUUUCACUAUUACUUGCAUAAGCCACAAACCAAGAAAAAGACUUUUAAUGAUAGGAAGAAAGGACUAGGCCUGCAUCAUCAGAGCACAGAAACAGAAACAGUGUCUUUCACCCAAGAUUUGGCGGAUGAACCAUUUGGUACACUUACCCCACGAAAAGACCUCUAUGAAGAUGAAUCAGGUGAUGAAGGAGAUGAAAUGCAGAGGAAGUAUGAAGAAGCCCAGCUUGAAAGGAGACAUAGUCCUGUUUACUAUGGAAACCAGAUGAAGAAACUUUGUAAGGAAAAAAGGCUUGCAGAUGCUCUUAAGAUAUUGAAAGAAGAGAUGCCUGCUGUUAAUGCUAAGCCAGAUGUUUACUGCUAUCAAGUACUGAUUAAUGCUUGUGGAAGAGCAGGUUACACAAAAAUGGCUUUCAAACUCUUUAAUCAGAUGAAGAAGAGGGGUUUACAGCCUCAACCUGUUACUUACACUGGGCUGUUUAAUGCUUGUGCUAAUUCUCCUUGGCCAACUACAGAUGGUUUACUGCGUGCUCACAAACUUCGAAAACAGCUGCAGGACAAGCAGUACACUCUCAAUCAGACAAUAUCACAUGCCAUGAUUAAAGCUUUUGGGAGAUGUGGUGACAUUAAGACUGCAUUUUUGAUUGUGGAUGAAAUGCUCGAUCAGGGUCUAGUAGUUGAUACAGAGACCCUAAGCUUCAUGUUGCAAGCUUGCAUAUCUGAUCAGGAAACAGGAUUUAGACAUGCUUUGAUGGUGUGGAGAAAGAUGCGUGAGCUGCGGUUAUGUCCAAAUAUUUAUACUUAUAAUUUACUAGUACGUUGUAUUAGUGAUUGCAAGGCAGGCCUUCCUGAAUUAACUUCACAACUUCUUGAGGGUAAUUUCUAUUCACAGUAUACUGGUAAAGCCAUCAGUCAGAAAGAAAGGAUAAAGGAAAGGCAUUCAAUAGAAAGCAUAAGAGGAAAAGAAGAUUUAAAGUCAAAAAAACAAUCAAAUGAAGUUACAUCCAGUAGUGGUACUUUUGAAGAGGUUCAUGAAAGUUCUCAAACUACAGUCAGUCUAGUUGAAGUUCUCUCAGAAAGUAAAUAUUUAAAAAGUACAGGAAAACACUCCAGCAGUAAUCCAGAAGUCCCAGCAUUACCAAAUUUACUGGGAAGAAAACUAAAUGUGGGGUCUGCCGUGGGACUGUCAUCACUUGACCGACCAGAAGAUAGGCUAGCUUUGGUUGGGGGUCCUGCUGGCUUGAUUGCACAAAUGGUGAAAGACAAAGUUGUUCCAGAUCUGAGGACAUUCACACAACUCCUGAAUUCUCUCCCUCCCAGUACUGAAGCAGAAGAGUCAUUACUGCAGUCAAUGAAGAAUGUGGGAUUAGCACCAGAUACUCAGUUUUGCAACAUGCUCAUACGCAAGCGUUGCUAUCGUGGAGACAGUGGUGCAGCAAAGGAUGUGCUAGAUCUGAUGCAGGAACACGGAUUACUGCCUGACCUCAUAACAUUUGGAUGCCUAGCUUUAAGUUGUAAAACAGUAGCUAGUGCUGCAGAGUUUCUGGAAAACAUGGAUACAGCUGGUUUUAGACCGAAUUUAGAAAUAAUGAAAAUCUUGGUGAAAAACAGCGUGGUGAAAGAAAAUUAUUACUACACUCAUGAAUUACUUAGGGAGAUGCAUUGUAGAGGUGUUGUGCCUGAUGAAAGUCUUCUGUCAUUAUUAGAAAAGGCAAGAGCUAAGGCCCGGGAAACUAUGUUGAAUGUGGAGACUGGUAAAAGAGAGCUUACAGAAGAAGAGAAAAAGAAGUUGGACUAUAUAAAGAUUUUUUUGUAUGAAUAUAAAAAUUGGUUAAGAAAGUCUGGUUUCCAGUCUGAUGAUCAUCCAUGGGCCCAGUAUAAUUAUGCCAAAGUAAACAUAUAGAAUUUUUGUUUUGUGAAAUUGUUAAAGUAGGUAACUCAUUGGCAUAUUGAGAAUCCUGAUUGUCAGUUAUUUGUUGUAGCAAAGAAUGCUAUAUUUUUGUAUCAUGAUAGUUUUUCCAUACAAAGCCAUUAAUCUUGUAUUUGGCUCUACGUAUCACAAUCGUAUUAAAUCCCCCGGUUUACAAGUCUUUUGUCUGACCAUUUGCAACCUGGAUCCUCAGGAGUGUUUCAGCUGAUAGUCACUUUUCUGAACUGUAUGUAUAAGACAGUGAUAUUUAUUGGCUUGGUGGAGGGCACUCAUAGUGGAUUUAUAUGAAAAAACUUGU